AUGUCCGGACGUCCUACUGUCGGCAUCAUCGGCGGCGAUGGCAAAGCCAGCGGCUCGACCCACCCUCUUCCCGCUGUCUUCAGCGCUCCCAUCCGACCCGAUAUUGUCCAGACCGUCCACACUGGCAUGGCCAAGAACAAGAGACAGCCCUAUGCUGUGAGCGAGAAGGCAGGCGAGCAGACCUCUGCUGAGUCUUGGGGUACCGGUCGCGCUGUCGCCCGUAUCCCUCGUGUGUCUGGUGGUGGUACUCACCGCGCUGGUCAGGCUGCUUUCGGUAACCAGUGCCGCUCCGGUCGCAUGUUCGCUCCCACCAAGGUCUGGCGGAAGUGGCACCAGAAGAUCAACCAGGGUCAGAGACGCUUUGCAACCGCGUCGGCUAUCGCUGCCAGUGCUGUUCCCGCUCUGCUACUCGCCCGCGGACACCGCAUCUCCAAUGUCUCCGAAGUCCCCCUCGUCAUCAACUCCAAGGUUUUCGAGGCCGCCGCUCUUGUCAAGACUAAGGCUGCUGCUGAGCUCCUGAAGGCUGUCGGUGCUGGUCCAGAUAUCGUCAAGGUUCAGAAGUCCCGCAAGCUCCGUGCUGGUAAGGGUAAGCUCCGUGGCCGUCGUCACCGCCAGAGACGUGGACCUCUCGUGGUCUACAACCCCGAGACGGAUGGCAAGGAGCUUGUCAAGGCUUUCCGCAACAUUCCUGGUGUUGACACCGCCUCCGUCUUCUCCCUCAACCUCCUCCAGCUGGCUCCCGGUGGUCACCUCGGCCGCUUCGUCAUCUGGACCUCUGGCAGUUUCGCUGCUCUCGACGACAUCUACGGCUCCACCACCGAGGCCUCGUCUCUCAAGAAGGAUUUCCUUCUGCCCCAGAACGUCGUCUCCAACGCCGACAUCACCCGCCUCAUCAACAGCACCGAAGUGCAGUCCGUGCUAAACGAGCCCAAGGGUUACGCCACUACCAAGCGCACUGCCGUGCAGAAGAAGAAUCCUCUCCGCAACAGACAGGUGCUGCUCCGCCUCAACCCCUAUGCCGCUCAGUACUCCAAGGACAAGCUUGGCCAGCAGAGCCUCAAGGAGGGAGGCAAGCCAGCCAAGCCCGCCGAUGUCUUCAUCGAGACUCUUCACACCAACUAG